AUGCUGGCAUCCCAGGUUCUUCGACCGUUUUUCCAGUGGCUUUCGUUGCUAAGCAGCUCAUUGAAUCCGUUGAUAUAUAUCGCCUACAGCCAGAAAUAUCGCCGAGCAUUUCACAAGAUUCUGCUACUUCCUUGUCGAUCAAAGUACGAGAGAGUACGAGGGACCCUUCUACGCAGCCACGACACGCAGAUUUCCGAAGGAAGUCAAAUAAAA